AUGCCAGCCAGCAAUCGGAUACACCAGAGAACGAGCAGAGAUGAUCCCUUGAAGGACGAAGUAGACCCCCUGAAAGAAGCACGAUUAGUACUGAAAAGAUGCUUCGGAUACAGCAACUUCCGAAAUGGCCAGGAAGAAGCCAUCAGGGCUGCGAUUGCAGGACAAGAUUCGCUGGUUGUCAUGGCAACUGGGUCGGGCAAGUCACUUUGUUAUCAGAUACCCGCACUCGUGAAGAGAGGCAUUGUGAUAGUUAUCAGCCCCUUGAUCAGCUUGAUGCACGACCAGGUUUCAUCCUUGAAAGCCAGGAACAUCUCUGCAACCUCAACCAACGAACCUGAUUCAGAAUACAGUGUUUUCAGCCAUGGCGUCCGCUUGUUUUAUGUCACACCCGAGAGUGCAUUGGGCAGAUGGAAGUCGCGGUGGAAAGACCUGCAUGCCAGGGUUGGGAUUGAGCUGAUUGCGAUCGAUGAGGCUCAUUGUGUGAGUGAGUGGGGGCAUGACUUCCGACCGGAGUAUCAGAGGCUAUAUGAGUUGAGAGAAGAGGUCCCCGAUGUGCCGGUGAUGGCCUUGACGGCGACGGCUACCCCAAGGGUACAAGAUGAGAUCAUUCGCAACCUUUCCCUGGGCUCCUUCCGGUCAGAUCAGCCCUCUGGUCUGGUUCGGGUCGUAACGACCUUUGACCGACUCAACUUGUUCUACUCCGCAUAUGAAAGAAAUUCGCAGGAGGCAAUCUCGGUAUUUCGGGAAAUAAUCGAUGGAAGCAAGCAGGGCAAUCCUGUUCCUGCCAUCGUGUAUGCGCUGACUCAGAAGGAUGCGGAGAAAGUCGCAGACAAGUUGGUUUCUUUGGGGAUUGCACAAGAUUCUGUGGCUUUCUACCAUGCUGGCAUGACAGAUAGCAAGAGAACAAAGAUUCACGAUCUCUUCCUGAAAGACAAACUACAUGUGGUGGUAGCAACGACUGCCUUCGGCAUGGGAAUAGACAAGCCAGAUAUCCGACAUGUUAUUCAUUGGGGAGCUCCAAAGACGAUUGAGAGCUAUUAUCAACAGAGCGGGAGGGCAGGGCGAGACGGCGAGCCAUCCAGGUGUACGUUGCUGUACAGCGGCCAAGACUUUAUGCUGGCAUCCUUCUAUGAAAAGAGCGGAAGCAGCGGAGAAUUGAUCUCUGAGAUCGCUCGUGACGCGCUCCAUCAAGGCAUAUCGCAGAUGAGGCAGUACUGCUACCUCACUUCCUGUCGAAGGAUCGCCUUGCUGAAGCACUUUGGGGAGAAGCUCUCAGGAAAUGCUUCGUCUUGCGGGCAGUGCGACAACUGCCUGAGGAAAGAAAAUGGCCAAACUCAAGUUCGGGAUAUGAGCGCUGAAGUGCGUCAGUUCCUCGGAGCUGUUUUGGACUGCAAGAAUGCUUUUGGGAUCGCCAAAUAUGUUAACUUCUUGAGGGGGGCAGCCGUUCCUGAAUGGUGCAAGAAAACAAGUGGGUUUGGAAAAGGAAAGAACAAGUCUGCAGACUGGUGGAAGCAACUGGGACAGCAGCUACUUUCCCUUGAUCAACCUCUCUUGGAAGAGCAUGCAAGGGUCGGGGUUGCAAAUGGACGACAGCAAACCUUCAAGAUCGUAAAAAUCUCUGCUAAGGGCUACGAAUGGCUGCACUCGCAUGAAAACUUGCCCCUUCCUAUCACACUUUCGAAAGGGAUGCAAGAGUUGGAAGACAAGGAAAAGUGGAUAGGCAAUCAGGAACAGCUGCUAGUCUUGCUUCGAAAGACUCGUGAAGAGAUAGCUUCUGCCCAGCAUCUGCCGGCAUCUACAGUUUGUCCCGACCCUUUGUUGUUUGAGCUGGUGAUUCACAGGCCAGCCGACUUGGACUCUCUUGCUGAAGUUGAAGGAGUUUCACAAAAUUUCCUAGAGAAGUAUGGUACAAGGUUUCUCAAGGACAUCGAGUAUUACUCAGAGGGUGACGAGGUUGGAGACAAGAAGAAGCAGGAGUUUACUCCAAGUACUUCCCUCCCCCUCCCUCCUCGGCAUGCUUGA